UAUAUUUUCUACAUUUCGUUUACUAACGGGAUAAUGGAAAAUCAAGGUACAUGGAACGUUAGUGUUAAAUUUAUGCAGCUUGGCUUCGAUCGAGUAUUUUUUUUGUUCCCACAGACUGUCUGAAAUCCUCCCAUUCACUUCAAGGUAAGGUUAAUUAAUUUUGAUAAAAUCAAUGUAAGCCUACAUAAAAUAUCAACAAUCAUAUGACUAACAAUCUUUGCUGUAGGUGUACAUAGAGGAUGGACCCAGAUUUUCCUCACUUGCGUGAACUUCUAACGCAAGUGAGGAAAAUUCUCUGAAAGCAACUCACUUGGUAAUGGUCAGAUACAGCCCACGACUUCCGGUCUUAGACCAAAUAUCCUCUGGAUAGCCAAAAAAACAUCUAUUUAAAGGCGAGAUAAAAUAAGAAAGCGAAACAUCCCUCCCCAGGGUUAGGACCCAUCACGUAAAAAAAACACUCCUUAUGAAAAUAACGAAACAGUCUCGGAUGAGAGACAUCCUUUUUAUGACGACCACUACAAAUUUAUUAAGGAUUAUGAUUUAAGGGCAUGGACCUGGAAUGUUCGGUACUUUAAUUAGGAAGGUGGCGCUACCUAGCUGGUUAAUGUCCUCGUAAGAGUAAAGGCUGACAGCCGUCCAGGAAGUGUGAUUUACGAGGUAAGGACUAAGACGAGUAGGUCCUUGUGGCAUUUGCUACAGUGGCCAUAUAAAGCAAAUUCAGUGGGGGAUUCGUGGUGGAAGAAAGACUCCGCCGAUGAGUUCACUCCGGUGGAUGAGCGUCUAGCCCGACGGAAGAGAAGCACGAUGUGACUAAAGAUGCCUUCUAUUAGCGCUUGCAGCUCCCCUAUGAGAACUGCCCCACCACGAUGUCAAAAUCGUGCUUGGCUACUUUGGUACAACGGUCGGUAAAUUCAGUCUCCAUGAUAAAACACCUGCAAAUGGGUUGACGCUGAUCGACUUCGCCGGGUUGUCUGUAUUACUAGAUUAUAACAUUGGAAAAUUUAUCGAGCUACCUGGCUGCCUCCGUAUCGAAAAGACCGAAAAUGGUGUGUCUGCAGUGUUUUAAACGUACCGCCUCUGCAAACGCACAUUAACAAACACAAGGAACGUUCGACGUCGAGUUUGUUUUCAAAAAAAAAUGUUGUAAUUUUUUCUUUGUUCUUCAGUUCGAAAAUUACAACUUCACUAUGCCAUCAAGAUACCGUUUGAAAGGAACUUGGGAUUACUUUAACUAAUGUGGUUCCGUUGGCUUAAAAGUAAAUAACUUAUUACAAACAGCGUAGCAAAAUAUAGGUAAAUAACUUUUGUAAUGAUAUUGAUUUAAAAAAUAGAAGAACACAUAUUCGAAAAUUAAUUACUUUCCAGCUGCUGUAGUCUAGUUAAAAAUACUUAACAAAUGUCUUUAUCACUUGACGAGUAUUUUUAUGUUUUUAUACAAGUGUUCACAAAUAAUAUCUCAAGAUCACACGCAAAUCGCACACUCCCAAAAAACGUGAAUUGCUGGUGAGAAGUAAAUAGUCAGUUAGUACUAAUUUCCGAUCGUCAUUUGCUCUCUUGAAACCUGUCAACUUCGUUAAUUUCAUUAUGAAGUAAGAGCUAUUAACUGUAUUGUAUCUCUGUACAUAUAUUCAUAUGUAUGCACAAAUGUGCGAGUACUUAAAUUUAUACUGCCUUCGUAUAUAUGUAAGUACAUAUUGUACAUAUGUAAUGUAAACUUGUUCUACAUCACUUCAGCUGCGACAUGUUUCACGCUGCGAUACCUACUUUCAGUUUGUGAUUAUCUGCAAUCCGACCGGUUGUAUUUUGAUAAAUUAGAGGAAACCCUGUGUUCAAAAAUUCUAAAGGAUCAUAAUCGCAAAUCCCGCAGGCGACUGUAAUGAAAAUGGAAAGGGGGCGGGCUAAUACCGCGUAUGAGAUUAGUGAUCCCUCAGAAAAUGGGGCAAACGCCGAUAACCAUGUGAAAAAGGCCAACAUAAGUGAAUCUACAUUGAAAUCCAAAAGCAGAACAUCAAAUAUAAAACGAAGAAUACGAAAAGCUUCUCACAAGGGCCUAAACGUGGGAAUACACCUUGUUGUGGCGGGAUAUUUCGCUUAUGCGACGUAUCACUACAUCGAUGUCGAGAAUAAUGAGUGCGAUUCCCUUAAACCAAAUGAAUUAUGUGGCAUUCAAUUCUGCAGUGGUUAUGGGUUAUUGGUACUGCUAUUGGCGUUCAUUUACCUUGGCCUUUUAUAUUUUCAAAUCAUAAAACCGAAGGUAGGCAGGACCUUACAUCGGAAUUAUAUUUAUCCACUUGGAAAGCGAUGGAAGAAAUUCAGUCGAACAAGACUUGUAUCCGGUAUAAUGCUCAUAGUCCUUAUAAUUUUACUGGCAAUUUUUUUGUAUUUUGAAACCAAAGAGGACAGAAAUAAAUUAAGAUCGCUGUUGGCUCCAUGUUUACUCAUCUUAGCAGGUUACGUAUUUUCUUCAAAUCGCAACGCAAUCAAUUGGCGAACCGUGAUAUCGGGAAUAGCAUGCCAAUUUAUUUUGGGUAUCCUGUGCCUUCGGUGGGAUGUAGGCCGUAAAAUCUUCGAAUGUCUAGGCGAUAAAGUGGCCACCUUUCUUUCGUUUAGUGAUGAAGGAAGUCGUUUUGUAUUUGGAGAUGCAGUAAUCGAUGACGGAAUUUUCGCUUUUGCAAUCUUGCCAGUGAUAUUUUUCUUCAGUUUUUUUAUUUCAAUUUUACAUUAUUGGGGUGUUAUGCAAUGGACAGUUAUGAAACUCGGGUGGCUGUUACAACAAAUUUUGGGUACAACUGUUUGUGAAAGUGUUACAUCAGCCGCUAAUAUAUUUCUCGGCAUGUCAGAGAGUCCAAUGCUUAUUAGACCAUAUCUUACCAAGCUUACAUCCAGUGAAUUGCAUUCAAUUAUGUCCUCUGGAUUCGCAACAGUCUCCGGAACGGUAUUGGCUGCAUAUUUAUCCUUUGGUGCUUCGGCAGCUCACUUAAUAACUUCAAGCGUUAUGGCAGCUCCAGGAGCAUUGGCUUUUUCAAAACUUUACAUGCCGGAAACAGAGGAGAGUCAAACUUCGUCAAAAAAUAUUCAACUAGAAAAAUCAGAAGACUCUUCAAUACUGGAUGCUGCUUCGAACGGGGCCAAUAAUGCUAUUCCUAUUGUAGCAGGAAUAAUUGCCAAUAUCGUCGCUUUUGUUGCAUUUGUGGCAUUCCUCAAUGGUGUCGUUAACUGGCUAUGUUUUUUAGUUGGGUUGGAAGAUAUCGAUUUUGAAUGGAUAUUUUCGAAGCUUUUUAUACCACUGGUGUGGACGAUGGGUGUGGCCUAUGAAGACUGUAAUAUUGUAGCAAAAAUUGUCGCCACUAAGUCAAUCAUCAAUGAAUUUGUGGCUUAUGAGCGUUUGGGUGAAUACAUCAAAAGUGGAGUAUUGGAAGCUCGCAGCAUAAGUAUAACAACAUUUGCAAUUUGCGGCUUUGCAAAUCCGAGUGCUCUGGGCAUACUCAUUGGUACACUCAGCGCAAUGGCACCAAAUAGAAGAUAUGUGAUAACUUCAGUUGCCAUGCGGGCAUUUGUUGUUGGCAGCAUAGUAUGUUUUGUAUCUGCUAGUUUUGCGGGCCUUUUACUCCAGGAGGAACAGGAAAGUCGCCUGUACAAUAAAUUCCUUAACGCACCAGAACGGAAAAAUAUAACAAUUGCCAUUUUUAAAUCCCAAUAAAGUUUUCAACUAUUGAUGUUACACAUUCUAUGUUUUAAUAAAUUAAUACUUUGGGUAUUAAUAGUGACGAUCAGUGAUUACUUUAAUAUCCUUACAUAAUUUA